GAGUGCCGGAUUGCACAUCCCAUUGUUAAAUGCACUUACUGCAGGACUGAAUUCCAGCAGGAAAGCAAAACCAACACAAUAUGCAAGAAAUGUGCUCAGAACGUGAAGCUCUACGGAACACCAAAACCCUGCCAGUACUGCAACAUUAUAGCAGCAUUUAUUGGAAACAAGUGCCAGCGCUGCACAAACUCGGAAAAGAAGUACGGACCUCCGCACGCGUGCGAGCAGUGCAAGCAGCAGUGUGCGUUUGACCGGAAGGAUGACAGAAAGAAGGUGGAUGGAAAGCUGCUGUGCUGGCUGUGCACGCUCUCCUACAAACGGGUCCUGCAGAAGACCAAAGAGCAGUGCAAGCACCUGAGCAGCUCUUCCCGGGCCAGCCUGCAGGAGAAGGAGCAGUACAGUCGGCUCAGCAGUGGCAGCCACUACAACAGCCAGAAAACCUUAUCCACCUCUUCGAUUCAGAAUGAAAUCCCAAAGAAGAAAGCCAAGUUUGAUGCCAUAUCUGCCAAUGGUGACAGUUUUUCUCCGGACCUCGCCUUGGACUCUCCUGGCACUGACCACUUUGUUAUCAUUGCCCAGCUGAAGGAGGAGGUGGCUACUUUAAAAAAGAUGCUGCACCAGAAAGAUCAGAUGAUUUUGGAAAAGGAGAAGAAGAUCACAGAGCUGAAAGCCGACCUGCAGUACCAGGAGUCGCAGAUGAGGGCAAAGAUGAACCAAAUGGAGAAGACGCACAAGGAGGUCAUGGAGCAGUUACAG